CAGGAGAGGAAGUGGCGGUGCGGGUGCCGGUUGCUCGUGACUGGGCCUAUUAGGCUGAGGCCUUCGCUAGGCCGGGCGACGCGUCCUGAGGAGUCUGCGGGGGGAGUAAGUCGCCUCCCUUCGCCCUUUUGGACCCCGCGAGAGGCGGGUGAGUCUGAAAAGGGACCCGCAGGAGUAAUGAGGCGGUGGCAACCCGCGUCCUGUCCCGCCGGAGCGAAGCCCCUUCAGGGGGACCUCCACUGGGCUUUAUAUUUAGGACGUGCUCAUUUAUUAUAUCGCAUUUAUAUCCCACCAUUUUUUUAACCCGAGGAGCUCGAGGUGGCGUACAUGAGUCUCCCCGCCCCAUAACCACCCCCCACAACAACCCCGUGAGGUAGGACAGAGCGAGUGAAUUAUUGGCCCAAGGUCACCCAGGAAGCUUGGUAGCCCAGUCAGAGUGUAUGCCUGAAGGAGCGUCUCCACCCCCAUCGUCCAGCCCAGACACUGAGGUCCAGCUCCGAGGGCCUUCUGGCGGUUCCCUCACUGCGAGAAGCAAAGCUACAGGGAACCAGACAGAGCGCCUUCUUGGUAGUAACACCCACCUUGUGGGACACCUUCCCAUCAGAUGUCAAAGAUAAAACAACUACAGAACUUUUAGAAGACAUCCGAAGGAAAACUUUGAGGGGUGAGUCAGUAUUGGAUGAAGAGCCUCUUUUAUCUCUCUCAGUAAGAGUGAUUUGUCCUCCAGUGGGCUGUAAACUGAAAAUUGGAACUGCAGGUGCUUAUAAGACUAGAGAACGCUAUGGUCUGUGCUGCUGUUUUUGCUAUUCCUCCGUUGCUGAGAAGUACUGCUGGAGUUCUUCCCAUUUGUUCUUCUAUCUUACAUCUGAAACAUGCGGCGCUAUGUUAUUGCACAGUAAAUGGCAACAUGAAAUCAAAAAGAAAGCCAGAUCAUCUGGAGAGAACAGCACAUGACUUUCGACAGGAGAUCAUUUCCAAAGCAAAAGUGUGUGGAAUCACCAGCGAAUCUGAAACAGUUAAACGGCUCCGUCUGGCAGUCACAGAUAAAGAAUUUACUUUUAAAGCAGGACAAUGGGUAGACUUCUUUAUACCUGGAGUUGCUGUAGUUGGUGGAUUCUCAAUAUGUUCAAGUCCCGGUCUGCUGCAGCAAGAGGGAGUUUUGGAACUAGCAGUGAAGCAAACCACACACCCUCCUGCUCAUUGGGUUCACACUCAGUGUACACUUGGCUCAGAGGUGGCCUUGCGAGUGGGAGGCAACUUCUUCUUUGAUCCUCAACCUGCCGACGCCCCUGCAAACCUCGUGCUCGUAGCUGGCGGAGUCGGAAUUAACCCCUUGUUUUCUAUACUGCUCCAUGUCGCAGACCUUCAAAGAACUCGAGAGAACAAAGGAUCUGGCUACAAAAUGGGAACGGCAAAUCUGUUCUAUUGUGCAAAAAACACUCACGAGUUGCUCUUUAGGAAACAUAUCCUUGGUUUGACGAACACAUUUCCUGGAAGAAUCACAUGCAGUUUCCAUGUUACCAAGCAGAGUUCACCAAUCUGUGAAAAUCUUCAGCCUUACAUCAAGGAAGGAAGAAUAUCUGCAGAUGAUCUAGAAAAACACAUAUCCACGGAUACUUUGUGGUAUAUCUGUGGUCCACCUGCAAUGAUUGAAUCCAUCUCCAAAGUGCUAGCAAACCUUGGUGUGACUCAAGAUAAAAUUUUCUUUGAAAAGUGGUGGUAGCAUGCAGCAGUUCUUCAGCGGAAGUUAAAAAGAAAGAAAAUGAAACGCGUGCGCGCACACACACAGACACACACACAUAUAUAUACCGUAUUUUUCGCACCAUUGGACGCACCGGA